CUUUCCUCCCCCCUCGCCCCCCUUGCUCCCUCUACCAUGUCCUGGAUUGUGACGAAAGACAAGCGUCCCUCUUCGACCGCGGCAAAGGCGCCAGCCGUGCCCAAGCCAAGCUCAAGUGUGAUGCUCGUCUCACCCACAAACCAGCUUCUUUUGCUGCACCGCGUGCAGCGCUCAUCGGCUUUCCCGUCGGCUCAUGUUUUCCCGGGCGGAAACCUCAGCAGCUUCCACGAGGUUGUCCCGGGAGAGCAGGAUGCUGGCAGGCAUGCCGAUGGGCCCGCGUACCGUCUCGCCGCGAUUCGCGAGACCUUCGAAGAGUCAGGUAUCCUGCUCGCGCGCAAGAAGGGGACGCCGCCCGGCAGCCCUCUCCUCCAACUUAGCGAUGCCGAGCUCGAUGAGGGUCGCAAAGCCGUUCACGGAAACAAAGUCAAGUUUGAGGACUGGCUGGACCAGAAGGGCGGCGUACCUGAUGUCGAAUCUCUCAUGCCCUUCACUCGGUGGAUCACGCCCCCCAACGUCCCCAAGCGCUUCACGACGCAGAUGUACGUCUACCUUCUGCCCCUCAACUUGGACACGGUGGGCCACGACGCCGAGAAGGUGGUGCACACCCCGACGCACGACGGUGGGCUCGAGCACACGGCCGCGUCGUUCGACGACUGCUCAGACUGGCUGAAGCGCGGCAAGAGCGGCGAGAUCAUCAUCUACCCACCCCAGAUGUACUUGAUCGGCCACCUCGCCGAGCACCUGACAGGGCCAGGCGACUACGCAAAGCAGCGCGACGGUCUCAAGAGCUUCCUGGCGUCCAAGACGACCGGGCGGUCAGACCACCCCACGAGCAGCAUCGGCUGGGCGGACAAGGUCAUCUCGCCGCAGGGUCGCGGCGUGCACAAGGCGAGCGGGCGGCAGAUUCUCUCACUCGAGGGCUCGGGUCCCGAGCUACGCGGGUCCGGCCGCGCCGGCGACUAUGACCGUGUCGUGCUCGUCAAGGGCACCAAAGCGGGGCCGCGCAAUGUGGAGGUCUUGUGGCGCGACGAGGUCGCUGAAGAUCUCAAAAACGCUGCUGGAGCACCCACCGACGUCAAGGCCAAGUUGUAGAAAUCAGAAGCAUCAUGCACAUGUAUGUGUCCGCG